UAUCCUGUCACAUAAAAGGCUAUAGAGGUCAGUUUAUACGUGUUGAACCCGCACACCCAUCGCUUUCUCAUCAUCAGAGAAGCGGAAAUAUCGUUUCUUAUUUCUUACCAAAUAAGUUGAAACAAUGAAUCGAUAGCAACGUUAGCGUAAACUCUACUCGCCUCUCCCCAAUCAGGAUGAGUUACAUCAUCUAAAUGGCUUGUCAAUCGGGCAACUGUCACACAAACGGAGAACUAAACUGGAAACAGGCCAAGUAUACAAUUUACUACGUUUCUACUAUUGAUCACACUCAAGUAAAAAUCUGAGAAUAUGGACGACACUUUUAUAUUCUUUGAAACGCCAUGUGUGAAUUCGACCGCCCCAGCAAUCCUUCCAUUUAUAACUGGUGGGGUGUCAGCGCUUCUGUGUCUCAUCACUGUGCCGGGAAAUCUUAUCGUGGUUAUGGCAGUUUUCGUUGAUCCGAAUAAAGACUUACGUUCCCCAUUCAUGUACUUGGUGGCGAAUCUUGCGAUGGCCGAUUUGUUAGUGGGCCUUGUUACAGAACCAGUUUCAGCUUUUUACCACAUAAAGAACGCUCUUGGAGUGAUCGACUAUGAAGUUCUCAGCGCUACCGUCCAUAUGCCUUUCUUUAUUUCGUGCACGGCCUCUGUUCUCAGUCUGGCGGCCCUCACAAUGGAUCGUUACGUCGCAAUAACAUCACCAUUUCGAUACAGAGCAAAUUUGAGUCCUUUGCGGGCCCUAUUUGCCUGUGUUAUUGUAUGGACGAUAUCACUGAGUUUCCCUUUUGCGUAUCUGUACUUGGGUUUCUUUAGCUACGCAUUUCUGUUCGCAAAUACUGCAGUCGUGAUGACUUUUCUAGUUUUGCUAUUUGCUUAUGUGCGUAUUUACAAGAUAUUUCGACGUCAAGUUCGGGAAUGGGACAGUUUACAUGAUAGCACAGAGGAUAAUCGCGCUAAGAAAAUCAGAAUGCGCUGGGAACAAAAGAUAACGAAGACAUUACUUAUUAUGUUGGUGUUAUUCAUUUCUUGUUAUCUGCCUGCCUGCGCCGGCAUAUAUGUCAUCAACUUAUGCUCUACAUGUGGUUGUGACCUUGUGCUAUUCUCGCGUGACAUUCAGUUUCUGCUCAUUUUAGCAAACAGUUCUAUGAACCCGUUUAUUUAUUCAUGGCGUCUGAACAACUGCAGGAGAGCUUUUAUUUGGAUCGUUUCAUGUGGGAAAAAAGGAAGAAAGGCUUACGGAAAAGUUUCGUUUGAAAUGCAGACCAUGAGACGAUUGUCGACACGGGCCCGAUCAGUAACACUGACUAAACUGUAGUGUGGUGGCUUGCAUUACCAACUAAACAACUAAACGUGGCACACCGCGAUUAGACUGUAAAAUGUGCAUUCCUUUUCUGCGCUCAAACAUCGUUCUGCCGUCUCGCUCGAUUGUUAAGUAUUCGGCUAGAUAAUUAAGGUGAGAGUCAUGAAUCUUGCUUGGGUGGGAUGGUGAAAAACCCCAUAUCAAGUCCCUUAGUCGUUCUUUACACGCUUUGCGUGACAAUAACUAAAUUUUCCAAUCACUGCGCCUUUUCAGCUCGCCUUAAAGUCUAAAAACCAGUGAUGAUUUGUUGCCCGUCCAUCGGACGAGACGACAAACUGAUUUAAGAGAAAAAUUCGACAACAAGCUGCCCGUUUUCUAGGAUAAUUGUCAGAAGCGCACGAAUGAAAAGCGGACUCGUGGAAGAUGGCUGCCCAAUAAGAGUUUCACCCUGUUUCCAGUUUUGGUCGGCGACCCUUUCUGUCCUCUUACCACGAAAACAUUCGUCAUAUUUGUUUCUUGCUUUUUAAAAAUUUAAUGAUUCCCUUAGUUGUAACAGUACUUGCCACGGUAGACUGGGGAUGUUUACGGACAAUCUUUAUUUUUUAAUGACAAGGAUGAAACUAACAGAAUGUAUCCCCUUCGGUAACAAUUGGUAUUGGUAAAUUCAUAGCAAUGAAUAAACCGUUUUAUUUUCUUUAGUUCCAACUUGA